CCUUACUGUGACCACUUCUCUGUCUUCACUCUGCUUCUUCUCGAUUUGCUACCAUUCCCUCACAUCCAAAUCACUCUUUAGCUUCUCUCUUCUCUCUAACAACUCUUUGAGGCAGCCACAUGCUAUCCUGAGUCUUCACAGAUUUUGAGUACUCAUGGAGAAUUCAAGGUUUGGUGCCUUUUUGAGGAAUAGAAGGUUUGAGAGCUUCUUGAAUACAAACUCUGAAAAGGGGGUGGUGGAAACUCCAAAAGUUUCAGUAAAAGAUGAAUCAGUACAAAGGCUUAGGAUGAAUGCUUUUGUAGAUGAUGAUGGGUGGGUUUCAGUGAUCAUAUCUUGGAUCAGAAUUGUGACUUGUUUUGUUUCCAUGAUGGUCACAACAUUUAUUUGGGCAUCGAUCAUGCUUGUGCUUAUACCAUGGCCUUAUGAGAGGAUUAAGCAAGGAAACAUUUAUGGGCAUGUGACUGGUAGAAUGCUGAUGUGGAUUCUUGGGAAUCCUGUAAAAAUUGAGGGUGUUGAGUACUCUAAUAAGAGGGCAAUUUACAUAAGUAAUCAUGCAUCUCCGAUUGACAUAUUUCUGAUAAUGUGGUUGACUCCUAAAGGUACCGUUGGCAUUGCAAAGAAAGAGAUAAUUUGGUAUCCUCUAUUUGGCCAACUUUAUGUUUUGGCCAACCAUCUCCGUAUAGACCGGUCCAACCCAGCCGCAGCUAUUGAGUCCAUGAAACAGGCAGCUCGUGCAGUCGUGAAGAACAAUCUGUCACUGAUCAUUUUUCCAGAGGGAACAAGGUCUAAAAACGGGCGACUACUACCCUUCAAGAAAGGUUUUGUUCAUUUGGCGCUGCAAUCACGUCUUCCAAUUGUUCCAAUGGUCCUGACAGGUACUCAUCUGGCAUGGAGAAAAGGCAGCUUACAUGUUCGGCCUGCGCCGCUUACUGUCAAGUACCUUCCUCCAAUAAGCACUGAAAAUUGGAGUGUUAGCAAGAUUGAUGACUAUGUUAAAAUGUUACAUAACUUGUAUGCAGAAAACCUUCCCAGGUCUCAGAAACCUCUACCUUGA